UGCUUAUGGUGAUGAAGAAGGAGAUGAGAUCUCUCCAGAUAUCUGGCAGGAAGCUUGUUGGCUUGUCAUCUCUUCGUACUUUGAUGAGAAAGGUCUUGUCAGACAGCAGCUGGACUCCUUUGAUGAAUUCAUUACAAUGACCAUUCAGAGAAUUGUUGAGGAUUCACAAGCAAUAGAUCUCCAGGCUGAGGCUCAACAUACUGGUGGUGAACUGGAAACUCCACCACGGCACUUGCUGAAAUUUGAGCAGAUUUAUCUGAGUAAGCCAACCAACUGGGAAAAAGAUGGCUACAACUACAGUAUGAUGCCCAAUGAAGCAAGAUUAAGAAACCUCACAUAUUCCUCUCCUCUGUACGUUGAUAUUGUGAAGACUGUCAUUCGGGAAGGGGAGAAGCCCACAGAGCAGAAAGAAGAGAAGAUCUAUAUUGGUAAGAUCCCGAUCAUGUUGCGGUCAACAUACUGCUUAUUGAGCGGGCUGACUGAUCGUGACCUUCAUGAAGUAAAUGAAUGUCCUCUAGAUCCUGGUGGUUAUUUCAUCAUCAACGGGUCUGAGAAAGUGCUGAUUGCUCAGGAAAAAAUGGCAACUAAUACAGUAUAUGUGUUCAGCAUGAAGGAUGGCAAAUAUGCAUACAAGUGUGAGAUUCGUUCUUGUAUUGAACACUCUGCUCGACCUGUAUCAACUCUCUGGAUCAACAUGAUGGCUAGGGGUGGUAGUAGUGCCAAAAAAUCUGCUAUUGGUCAGCGUAUCAUCGGUGUCUUACCUUAUGUGAAGCAAGAAAUCCCAGUGAUGAUUGUAUUUCGUGCUCUGGGCUUUGUAGCAGAUCGAGAUAUCCUAGAGCACAUCAUAUACGAUUUUGAUGAUCCUGAAAUGAUGGAGAUGGUAAAACCGUCUCUGGAUGAGGCAUUUGUGAUUCAAGAGCAGAACGUUGCACUGAAUUUCAUUGGUGGACGUGGUGCCCGUCCUGGAGUCGCCAAAGAGAAACGUAUCAAAUAUGCCCGUGAGAUCUUACAAAAAGAAAUGCUGCCUCAUGUAGGUGUUUCAGACUUUUGUGAGACAAAGAAGGCCUAUUUCUUAGGAUACAUGGUUCAUAGACUUCUUCUGGCAGCUCUAGGUCGUCGUGAGCUAGAUGAUCGUGAUCACUAUGGUAACAAGAGGUUGGAUUUAGCUGGUCCACUCAUGGCACUACUUUUUAGAGGGUUGUUCCGUAACUUGAUGAAGGAAGUCCGCAUGCAUGCCCAGAAGCUUUUGGAUAAGGGCCAAGAGUAUGGUCUGGAUGCAGCAGUCAAACCUAAGCUCAUUACUGAUGGCCUACGGUACUCUCUUGCCACUGGGAACUGGGGAGACCAAAAGAAGGCUCAUCAGGCCAGGGCUGGUGUAUCACAGGUGUUGAACCGCUUGACCUUUGCCUCAACUCUGUCUCAUCUUCGGCGUGUCAACUCUCCCAUUGGUCGUGAUGGUAAAUUGGCUAAGCCAAGACAGCUGCACAACUCACUGUGGGGAAUGAUCUGCCCUGCAGAAACACCAGAAGGAGCUGCUGUAGGUUUGGUGAAGAAUCUAGCUCUUAUGUCCUACAUCUCUGUUGGAUCCCAGCCAGCACCCAUCUUGGAGUUCUUGGAGGAGUGGUCCAUGGAAAACUUGGAGGAAAUUGCACCAUCAUCAAUUGAUGAUGCCACGAAGAUUUUUGUUAAUGGUUGUUGGGUUGGCAUUCAUCGUGAUCCAGAACAACUCAUGAUGACUCUCCGCAAAUUGAGGCGUCAGAUGGAUAUUAUUGUAUCUGAGGUGUGCAUGGUUCGAGACAUCAGGGACAGAGAGAUACGUAUCUAUACAGAUGCUGGUCGUAUCUGUCGCCCUCUUCUGGUUGUGGAGAAUGGUAAACUCCUUCUCAAAAAGAGACACAUCGACUUGCUCAAAGAAAGAGAAUACAACAACUUCAGCUGGCAGGAUCUAGUAGCAAGUGGUGUGGUGGAAUACAUCGACUGCUCUGAAGAAGAAACAAUCAUGAUUGCCAUGUCACUCGAAGAUUUAGGCGUGGAAGAGGAAAAGACCUACUGUAACACAUACACUCACUGUGAAAUCCACCCUGCCAUGGUCCUCGGAGUAUGUGCCUCCAUUAUCCCCUUCCCUGAUCACAAUCAGUCUCCUCGUAACACUUAUCAGAGUGCUAUGGGUAAGCAAGCUAUGGGUGUGUACAUCACUAAUUUCCAUGUUAGGAUGGACACCCUUGCACACGUAUUGUUCUACCCUCAAAAACCACUUGUCACUACACGUUCUAUGGAGUACCUACGUUUCCGAGAAUUGCCUGCAGGUAUCAACUCUAUUGUUGGCAUUGCUUGUUAUACUGGUUAUAACCAAGAGGACUCUGUCAUUAUGAACUUGUCGACAGUGGAGCGUGGGUUCUUUAGGUCUUGCUUUUACCGCUCUUACAAAGAUGCAGAAACAAGACGCUCGGGAAUGCAAGAAGAACAAAUGUUUGAGAAGCCUGCGAGGGAUACUUGCCAAGGUAUGCGACAUGCUAUAUAUGACAAAUUAGAUGAUGAUGGCAUCAUUUCACCUGGCAUGCGUGUAUCUGGCGAUGAUGUGAUCAUUGGGAAGACCAUCACCCUGCCAGAAAGUGAAGAUGAAUUAGAAGGCCAGACGAGACGGUUCAGCAAAAGGGAUGCCAGUGUGUUCUUGAGAGGCUCAGAAACUGGUAUUGUAGAUCAAGUCAUGUUGACAGUAAAUGUAGAUGGUGAUCGUUUCACUAAGAUUCGUGUGAGGUCGGUUCGCAUCCCCCAGAUUGGUGACAAGUUUGCCUCUCGUCAUGGACAGAAGGGUACUUGUGGUAUCCAAUACAGAGUGGAGGAUAUGCCCUUCACAGUAGAAGGCAUCACGCCUGACAUCAUCAUUAAUCCACACGCUAUUCCAUCCCGAAUGACAAUUGGUCACUUGAUUGAAGCGCUUCAAGGGAAGCUUGGUGCCAAUAAGGGUGAGAUUGGUGAUGCUACACCCUUUAAUGAUGCUGUCAAUGUACAGAAGAUAUCCAACUUACUACAGGAGUAUGGGUAUCAUUUGAGAGGCAAUGAGAUUAUGUACUGUGGUCACACUGGACGUAAGAUGAACGCCCAGAUUUUUUUAACUCCAACAUACUAUCAACGUUUAAAGCAUAUGGUGGAUGAUAAGAUCCAUUCCCGAGCUAGAGGGCCUGUGCAGAUCCUAGUUAGGCAGCCUAUGGAAGGUCGUGCAAGGGAAGGUGGCUUGCGUUUUGGUGAGAUGGAACGAGAUUGCCAGAUUGCUCAUGGGGCAGCACAGUUCCUUCGUGAGCGUUUGUUUGAAGUCAGCGAUCCAUAUUCUGUCCAUGUGUGCAACCUAUGUGGUCUCAUGUGUAUUGCUAAUUUGCGCAACAAUACCUUUGAAUGCAAGGGUUGCCGCAACAAGACUCAG